AAUUUAGUAAACAGAUAAAUUUCUAUGCGAUUAAACGUGCGCUUACAGUUCGGGAGUCCACCGAGAAUGAGUCACUAUCCGCCGCAUUUGCAUCCCCCUCCUCAUUUACCCCCCCCGGCUCACUGGCCGCCCCCACCACACCACGGACCGAACCCUCCACCCCCUCCACACCAUGGCUAUCCACCACACCCCCCUCCUGGAUCUUACCCCUACUUUUACCCAGCUACCAUGAUGGUUCCCGUUCCAAAUCAACCAGCCGAAACCCAGCCUACCUACAUCACCAAUUACAUUUACCACGGAGAUGCUACAAACGCCUCAGCCCCAGUUGACCAAGUACAAAUCGCGGAAACUUCUGGAGACUAUGAAUGGAUCCCUUCUACGGCCACCACAGCAAAUUUACUGACGGGACGAGCCGUGAUUGGAGGGCACGAGGGCUGGGACGGGAGCCCGCUGUGGGUCAUACGAGCGUGGUACAACGGAGAUUUGAUUCCUGGGAAAUUAUCAGUGAGACACAACGCGGCUUCGAUAAUGUAUGACGGGAAGGAGGUUCCGGUUCAGAAUAUAGAUGUUUUGUGCGCCAAGCCGGAUAAUUUGAGAUGGGUGCCUGCGUCUAAUGGGGGAGUUCCGCCCGGGGCUAUCACUGGUGGUAGGACUGCUUCAGGAGAGCAACUGUACGUUGGCAGAGCUAGACACCAGUUGUCUGUGACUCCUGGGAAGGUCCAUCAGAGUCAUAACUGCUGUUAUAUAGCAUUCGCCGGUGCCGAAGUGUCGCAUAAGGUGUAUGAUGUGCUGUGCAGAAUAAGUUAGUUAUUUGGACUGGAUUUGAUGUUGUGUUUGAUUUUUGGUAUCACUGUACUUUUCUUUAGAAUAAGUGAUUAGUACUGAAAAUUUAUAGUACUCAUUGUUUAUGUCAUAUUGUGUAACAAUUAAUAUAUUUUACUGAUUUAAUUUAGGAUUUUCACGGAAAUGCUAUUAGUGUUUGAUAUGAUCAAGGUAUGUAUUAAUGACUGAAAUAAUGUUCAAAAUUAAUUUGGUUAUUAUAUAUAUGGUUUAUGUUUAAAUAAAUUUUUCAAAUCUUUAA